UUCCGAUGCAUAUUGUCUUACAGUUGAGUAAAUGUGAAGGCAGUCUCCCUUCAGUGAAAGGUGCGUUGUGGUGGAGACGGGCAGCUGCUUUUCUCUGUCGUCUCAGUGAGGUUUAAUGGGAUUAGUAGUUAUCUUACGUCGGUGCAAAGGGGUCAAUCACAGGAUUAGCAUCUUGCUGAAGUUACAUCUGUUUUUUUUUUCCUUUGCUCUCAUCCCUUUUUAAAAUAUUUUUGCCAGCCGCCAUGCUUUUGACGUCAUGCAUGUCAGCUGUAAUUCCGACUAGUUUUUUCAGCUGGAAUAAUGGUGAUGCAUGCCUCCACUGCCUGGCACCUGAAGCCUGUUCAGACCCUAAACCGCUGAAUGAAGCUUCUUGAGUGGAGGAGGAGCAGCCUGCACAGUGAAGGGCAGCCGGGACAAAGAUCUUGCCUACUGUGGCGGACUCUUGGCAAGUCAUCCUCAUGCCACUGGUAAAUAACAAAGUAGGUGAUGACCGCACGCUUGGCAGCAACAAAGCGUUUGUUGAUGACAAGGCGCUCGUGGAUUCUUUGAUUAAGGUGGUGGCAUGCUAUCGACAUCUGGCCUCAUGUGUGGGGGGCUGCACAGACAGCUUGCAGCUACGAGAUGAGCUGAGGCAAACGAGGGAGAGGGCCCGAAAGCUGGCCGUGACCAUCUGUCAACAUCUCACCUUGCAUCUUCGUGACAAGAACCUUCCUGCAGAGCAGCGCAAGGAGAUGGAGCUCCUGUGGGUGGCUUUCUCCUCCAGCCUGGAGCUGCUGCACGUUGACAUGUGCAAGGUUUACAAGAUGGGGGACAUCUUCUCUCUGGCAAACACUGCUACUUUGGUGCAAACUGGCCUACAAGGAGGGGGCAGUGAAGUGGCCGCUCGGGCCCUCAGUCUUCCAGACCUGAACCAGGGUCUGAACUCCAAUAUCCCCAACAGCCUGGAGAACCAAGAACACAGGGCCAUGGAGGAGGAGAUCAGCCAAAUUGACCACAUGAUUGAUGACAUGGAGUCGAAGGUCAACGUGUUACGUUGGGUGGUUGAGCCCCACGGGGUGCAGUACGCAGACCCCCUCAGCAGCACUGACAGCGCCUCCUUCGCCCUGCUCUCUGUGGACGAGGAGUGGUCUGGCGGACCCCUUCCUCCAGGCCAGCGUGCUCGCUUGGUGGUGCUCUUAUUGCUGUGUGCUGCCAUUUUAGUGGCAACCAUUUUAUCUGUCUGCAUCUUCUUCUUUUCAUGAGCAAAAACACGUUAACCCUUUUUUUCCUUUGGCAAUAAACCUCAAAACAAGGUCAAUGUUGCAAGUACUGCAGCUCUGUUUUUACGUCACCUUUCACUACUACUUUGUCAUUCAAUAAUACAAAGAUGCCACAAAUAUUCUCAAGUAACAAGCAGUGGAAAGUUUACACUUUAUUUCAAUACUGUACCAUCUCCACCUGAGGUCAUAUAUUUAUACAUUUUAUCAAUAUGAUAACAGUGUACAGCACGUUUGGGAUGUAGCACAUUUAGUCAGAUAUUACAAUAUAGGCACUACAGUAUUUUCCGGUUUGUUUCAUGUCCUAAAUCAUGUCCAAACUUUUUCACAGAGGGCUGCAGCUACUUUGAUAUUUUUCUUUUUUGUAAACCAGCCAAUAUGCUAUACAGAAGGUGUGUGUGUGUGUGUGUGUGUGUGU